AUGGAAAUUGAUUAUCGGACUCGUUUAACAGCAAUGUUGGAUGUGACACACUUUCUAUUGAAGCAAGGAUUGCCCUUUCGUGGACACGAUGAGUCAACUAGUUCUUCAAAUAGAGAGAUUACACUUGCUAUAAUCAAUGAUAUUGGAGAUAAAUUCUUUUCUUUGAUGGUUGAUGAGGCUAGGGACAGUUCAGUGAAGGAGCAUAUGGGAGUUGUUUUGAGUUCUCAUUCUUUGAAAAUGGCUAUUGAUGCUUUAUUUGUGCAACAUGGUUUAUCAUUAUCUAGAUUGAGAGGCCAAGGAUAUGAUGGAGCUUCAAAUAUGCGUGGUGAGUUCAAUGGAUUGAAAUCUCUGAUACUACAAGAAAAUUCAUUUGCAAUGUAUGUUCACUGUUUCUCUCACCAGCUCCAAUUAGUUCUUGUUGCUGUUGCCCAUGAUAAUUUUACUGACAACAUGCUAACUCGUGGUCAUGGUAGGCGUAGAGGGCAGCUCAUCACCAAUUUUCAUCAUUAUCGUGUGGAGAUUUUUUGUCAGGUUGUUGAUUUAAUUAUACAAGAGAUGAAUAAUCGUUUUUCAGAAGUUAGUACAGAAUUGCUUGGUUGCAUAUCAUGUCUUCAUCCAAGAAAUUCUUUCUCUCAAUUUGAUGUUCACAAACUCAUCCAUCUUGCUGAUUUUUAUCCCGAGGACUUCUGUGGUACUGAUUAUUUAUUUUUGGAACAACAACUUAUGAGUUACUUUUAUAAUCUGCGAGAUGGUCCUUACUUUUCUUCAAUUGAUGACUUGGGAAUUCUUGCUCAGAAAUUGGUUGAGACUGAAAAACAUUUGGUGUUCCCAUUGGUUUAUCGUAUGAUAGAGUUGGCAUUAGUUUUACCAGUUGCAACUGCUUCGGUUGAACGAGUGUUUUCUGCAAUGAAGACUGUAAAGACUGAUUUACGUAAUAGAAUGGGAGAUGAAUGGAUGAAUGACAGUCUAGUUGUAUACAUUGAAAAGGAUAUCUUUUCUACAAUUGAAAAUGAGCAAAUAUUACAACAUUUUCAACAAAUGCAGUCUCGUAGAAUCCAAUUGCCUCCUCUUGUACCGACUCGUCAGUCGUCGCAGACUUCUGUUAUGGAGAAUCGGUCUAGUAUUAAGUGGGACAAGGGAAAGGCUCUCGAGUUCUAG